GAGGACUGGCGUUGUGUUCAAUGAAAGACUCGCUUCUCAUUUCAAUGCUUGGAACAAAGACUUCACAGAGAGACCUCAACGUCUUUUAAGAAGUAUUGAAAGAUGCAGUGAGUUAGGCUUACUUCAGAGGUGCAAGCGGAUUCCGCUUCGCAAGGCUACAGAAGCAGAGUUAUUAUCCUGCCACACAAAGAAGCACAUUGAACUUCUCAAAGACACAGAGACAAUGAACGAAGAACAGCUGAAAUCAGUAUCUCAGAAGUAUGACUAUAUUUACUUUCAUGAGAAAUCGAAUGAAAAUGCUGUUCUGACUGUUGGAGGGCUUAUUGAUCUUGUAGAUGAAGUUUUGUUUGGUAAGUCGCCAUGGUGUAGAGGAUGCUAG